CUGUGUUCUAGGGAUAUAAAACCACAGAAUUUCGCGGUUGGAUUGGGUGAACAACAGAAGACCGUAUACGUUCUUGACUUUGGUAUCGCAAGGAAGUUCACAGUUGGAGAUACGAAGACGGUGAAAGCACCACGUCUUCGUGUAAAGUUCAUCGGUACCAUCCGAUAUGCAUCGCGAGCAUGUCAUAGAUGCGUAGAACAAGGUCGAAAAGACGAUUUGGAGUCAUGGAUUUACAUGAUCUUCGGAAUUUCGAUAAGUAUUAUGAUAGAGGGUAUUACAUGGAAACGCUUACCCGAUCGAAAUCAGGUUGUACGCUUCAAAGAAAAGUUCUUCGCAUGUAGACGUAAGUGUACGAUCUUUUGA